AUGGGUCUGUUCGAUAAGCUAAAGCGCAAGAAGGGGGAGGAGAAGGCUGCUUCCCCCAAUGGUGGUGCUGAUCUGGCCCCAACUCCUGCUAUCGAGACUGCUGCUGUUGCUCCUCCCGCUGCCGCUGCUGCACCCGCUGCCACUGCCCCGGCUACAGACACCAAAGACAACCCCCGAUUUGACUCAUCCAAGGUCACCGUCGUCUUCGUCCUCGGUGGUCCUGGAGCCGGCAAGGGAACACAAUGUGCUCGUCUAGUCCAAGACUACGGCUUCGUCCACCUCUCCGCUGGUGACCUUCUGCGUGCUGAACAACAGCGUCCCGGCUCAGAAUACGGUGCUAUGAUCGCCGACUACAUCAAGGAGGGAAAGAUCGUCCCGAUGGAAGUCACCGUUGCUCUUCUCUCCAACGCUAUCGCUGAAGCUCUCUCCAAACAGGGCGCUACCGAUGCUGAACACUCUGUUCCGGAACAGCACAAGGACAAAUGGACGGAGGGUAAGGGUCGGUUCUUGGUCGAUGGAUUCCCUCGUAAGAUGGACCAAGCUAUCAUGUUUGAUGAGUCAGUCUGCCCUAGUCAAUUUGUGCUCUUCUUGCAGUGCAGUGAGGGGGUGAUGUUGGAGAGGCUCUUGGAGAGGGGUAAGACGAGCGGUAGGGCCGACGACAAUAUCGAGUCUAUUAAGAAGAGGUUCCAGACUUUUGUCGACACCUCGAUGCCUGUGGUCGAAUACUACCGCAAGCAGGACCGCGUGGUCGAAGUUGACUCGAUCAAGAGCGUUGAUGAGGUCUAUGCCGAGAUCAAGACUACUAUGGAUCGCACUUUUGCCAAGCUUCAGAACUAG